AUGGCCACGGAACCCACAGUGGACAGGUCCUCUGAAGCUACUGUCACCUCCGCCGAGCCUGCGAUCAAGAUCGAUUCCGACGCACAACAUGGCGAUGCCGACCAGCCUCAACUAAACGGCGCACCGUCUACCGCCGAUGAAAUUGAAAAUAAGCUGAUUUCUGACAUUGUUGACGAUCUGGUGAACUCGGCCGAGGUUAGCACUAGCGGAGGAUCCGAUACAGAAGCUUCCAGGGGCGACACAUCAAAGUCCAAAGAUGACGACAAGGGACAUGCCAGAACAUCUUCGACUGUCAAGAAGCCCACAUCCUUCAAGUCCGUUUCGGUAAACAAGACCUUCCUAGCGGCCAAGGGUGCGACGAGCAAUGCCCCGGCCAAGAUCGGCGACAAAGUCGUCCCGACCACGAGUUCUGCGGCCAGCCAGUCAAGCACAGCAUCCGGCUCUGCACGACCGAGGCUCGUAGCAAAAACUGGAAGCGGUUUGCGGGAUGUUCCAAAGCCAGGGACAAAUGGAAAGCCGGGCGGUGUCCCAGACGCAGCUGCCGUCUGGAACAAGAAUAGACCGGUACCAGUUCCUGAGCCUAAGAAGAUGACGGACGAGGAGCUUAAGAAAUACGGCAUUCAUAUGGCAACUCGCCUGCACACAGACGAUUCAAAAGGACAGGCAAACUGGGCUGAUAUUGAUGACGACGAUGAGGAUUGGGCUCCCGAGACGAUCACAUGGACUGACGGCACGAAAGUAACUAUCCCACAUGUCGAAGAGCACGUAACGCCACCUGCGCCCAUUCCUGCACCUGUCCCCGAAGUCUCAGCCCCUCUGGUUGCUAAGGAGAACAAGAUUCUGGAGAAACCGAGAUCUCCUGCUCCACCUACCGGAUCUCCCUCUAUAAAGACUGGAGUUCUUGCAUCCGGCAAAGGAUUGAUUCUCAAAGGUGCACCGGAAAAGCCGACCCUGGUAGCCAAGCCUCCAGCCCCUCCUACUCCUGUCAAGUCACCAUGGGCAGCACUCCCUCCCGUUGAUAAAGCGUCCCCUGUUGUCAUGGACAUAGCAACCCACCAAAUGUCAAGUCUGGCAGAUAUGAGCCGGUAA